AUGUCCAGCCCUUCAAAGCCCACCAACGAUGCGUCGCCGCAGCCCUCCGGCGACCCUAACCCGCCUACUUAUGCCACCUUCUCGCCCUCCAACAUAGGGCAAGUAACGCCGCAGACGAAGCUUCGCUCCGCUAUCCUCGUGCACCAGAAGUCGCCGCUACUCGCUGCCACACCGCCGCAGGUUACUCGCGUCCUCGCAUACUCGCACCCAUUCCUCCUGCCUCUGAAUAAGUUGGCUGGGUUGCUAACAUGGACGACUGCGGACCCGUGGGAGAGCUUUAUACUGGUCGCCAGCUUCUGGGCAGUGGUCAUGUACGGUGACGCUGUGACAAGAUACGCUGGGCCCAUCAUCGUAGUAUCAAGCUUGAUCCUGGGCAUGUAUGCGCGCAGAUACUCGCCGUUGUCAUCAACAGGCUGGACGGGAGAGAAGGGUCAAAAGGCACAUAAGCGUGCAGAGUCGGACAGCAACAUUAAGCACCACAAGAGCCUGGAAGAUAUUGUAGAUGAUCUGAAACUGUUCACGUCGCGCUGCAACAUAUUGCUGGAUCCAUUCCUGCGGUUGACAGACUUCCUCUCCACGCAACGCACUGCAACAUCGGCAACUACACGACCAGCACUCACCGUAUUGUUCAUUCGCAUACUCUUCGUCCUCCCGCUCUGGAUUGCCCUCACACUCCCUCCUCUUUACAUCCUCACCACGAAACGAGUUGUCCUGGCAGUCGGAACGGUCGUCUUGAGCUGGCACUCUCGCCCAGCGCGAGUGACUCGCACAAUCCUCUGGCGCUCACGAACCGUUCGUCGAAUCUGUGUCUUUGUCACUGGACUCAACUUCGGUGACACGCCCACCAGAGGCUCCCGCCCACCACCGCUUCCACCCAGGAAAAAGAGCACUCAAGAAGUUGCGGCCUCGCUGGCGGCUAAGCGCCGCCCAGAAUCGACAGGAGUACGCUUUACUUUCUCCAUCUACGAAAAUCAACGACGAUGGCUGGGUAUAGGUUGGACUUCAUCCAUGCUUGCUUAUGAACGCGCUUCCUGGACUGACGAGCACAUGAACCCUGUGCCCGACAAAGAACAAUUCGCUCUCCCCGAAGUCGAGGGCGGCGCAUCACGAUGGCGUUGGGUGCAGGGGAGCGAGUGGAAGAUCGAGAGCGGCGAGCCUGAAAGCAAACCGUCCAAAACAAUCAGUAAAGAGGAUCUAGGCUGGAUAUACUACGACAACAAGUGGCGCGAUGGCCGCAGAGGCCAAGAUGGAUGGGGUCGCUACACGCGCCGACGAAAAUGGUAUCGCGACGCCGAACUUGUCGAAUCCACACCCAGCACAGAGACAACACCUGUGCCCACUCCACGCGCUGAACCGCUCAACCCUUCAUCUCCCGACCCCAACCACCUCACCAGGUUGACCUCAAAUGCCAGCACCGCCACCUCAUCGUCGCGCGACCCCACGCUUGUCCCCAGCGAGUACGCCGCCUCGGUAGCGUCCGAGGGGGGCGGGGACGGCGACGCAGACGCAGCGAGCACGCAGAGCAAGCGGGGCUGGUUCAAGAAGAAAAAGCGCAGUAAAAGCAACGCAGGCAGUCUCGGGAAAGAAACGGUGGGGAGCGGCGGCACAGACGGCGGUCGGGACCGGGACGAGGGAGACGACGUGUUGAAUCCGCUUGAGCGUACGGUGCGGGACGACGAGUGGAGGCUCGGUGAUGAUAUUAGGCAGCACUUGGAUAUCUGA